CUUACAAUGUCAUCAAACAGAGCUACAACUGGUGUCAAUUUUUCCUUUAUGUGUACAACUGUUCAAACCUUUGUUGUUUUUAAUACAGAUGGUCGAACUUAUUGUGUGAUAAACGGAGUUCAGGAUGGUAACUUUAAGCUGGAUUCGAGUUGUUCUUCAAACAACAUGUACAGGUGUAACAUUACCACUGGAACCUACUCAUUCACCAUUCCUGGGUCAUUUGUUACAGACAGUUUACAUAAAUCUAAAUGGACAUGUCAAAGUCCAUUUGGGAUAGGAAAUCCUUCAUCUGAGUUGGAAAUGUAUGUUAGAAUACCCGUGAAAACUAUCACUAUUACACCAACUGGUAACAACGACCAAUUAAACGUUGUAGAAGGACAGACACAGACAUUUACAUGUACUACAAGUCCCUGUCGUCCUGCUGCCUGGGUACAGUGGUACAUGGGCAAUCAAAAUAUAACAACUCAAUCAGAGACAAAGUCUUCCGAACAAGAUGGCAAUACAUUUAUAUCUUCCAGUACAUUGACGUAUAUUUUGAAGACUGCUGAUCACAACUUAUCUAUAUACUGCGAAACUGUUAACUUUGAAGAAGCCGAUACGAAAGCAUCAGCAAAGAUACUUAUCUACAUACAAAGUGACUUUACAUUAACUGGCUCCAACCAUUUCAUCAUCAGUAAUCAGCCAUUUACACUGAACUGUUCUUCUCACAUUACUCCGAGGGGAGACGCAGCAUAUUUAUACAAGGACAAUAUUAGUAUUAUAAACAUACGUUACGUGCCAUCGACAUCAACAUGUUAUGGGAUACCACAGGACGGAAAACCAGCAUUCCAAUGCAAUGACACUUGCAGUUGUUCAGAAGACGCUAGAAUAUUCACGUGGACUUACAGCGCAACUGUUACCAACCAGCGAGUAACAUUUAAAUGUGGGAUGGAUUUCGGUACUAAUUUUAGUAACAUCACAUACAGGGAAUUGACUGUUGAAAGAUCAUUUGAUGUGACUACGGUCAAUACGCCAAGUGCACCAACACAGAAACCAGACCCUCCAACAAUUGUAUCCAUUGUUUGUAAGAAAACAUCAAUGACAGUGUUUUGGAGACCAGGGUUAAAUGGAGGUUAUACUCAAUCAUUUAUAGUAGUGAUACUGAAUAACCAGAUAAACCAAACCACUUCUUCACCCAUUAUAUCUGAUCAAGGUGAAGCAGAAAUAAUGAAGUUUACGUUUGAAUCCCUUAGUUCAAAAACAUUAUAUAUUGUCUCUAUGCAAGCCAUCAAUAAACUUGGAACAGUGGAAUUGGACGAAGACGUAAACUGCACGACAUUAUCAGCUCCAAAAAAUGGACAAUCAGAUAUGAUAUCGGCUGCUGGAAUUGGAGCAAGCAUCGGAUCAGCUGUAAUUAUAUUGAUAUUAACAAGUCUUGUGGUAUUUUUUUACAAGAAAAAAAUAAAUGAAAAUAAAGAACGAAAUUCAAUGUACCAAGCAACUCAAAAUUCAAGUGAAGAUGUGGUUAGCACUGAAAAACACAUAUACAAUGAGUUGCAACAUGUAGGAAAUGAUUCAUCUGUUCUGGACCAUAUAUCAAGUGAGACAAGCACCUAUUACAAUGAAUGUGGUAUAAUGACGAACAUAGAUAGCGAACAUUAUCAAAACAUCAACAGACUUAACGAAGCUAUACAAUUUGGAAAUGAGAGUCUUAUUCUGUUUGUUGUACCUUUCGUUCCUGAACAUAGUAAUUACAGAACACACGACAGAAACCGCUUUACUAGAAACUUCAUUAGGAUCGAUCAAAGGCAUAAAGGGAGUAUUUGCAGACACUGGUGACACUUUGUACGAAUUCCGUGGAAUACCAUUCGGAAAACCUCCUAUUGGAUCUCUGAGAUUUAAGAAACCAGUGCCGUCUGGAAUGUGGGAAGACAUCUUAGAUGCUACUGCAUUUCGUUCGGCAUGCCCACAAAAUAUUCCGGACUUCAUGCCUGAAUUAUCUAGACCUACAACAUCUGAAGACUGUUUAUUCUUAAAUGUUUACGUACCACAGUCAUUAGACAAAUCGAAUAACUUUUCAGUUAUGAUAUGGAUUCAUGGCGGGGGGUUUGAAGUCGGGUUUGGAAAUGAGGACGAUCUUUCACAAAUGGCAAUAGAGGGGGACGUUAUAAUGGUCAGUUUUAACUACAGACUCGGCAUUUUUGGAUUUUUAGCCAUAGAUCACCCAGCUGCACGGGGUAACUAUGCAUUAUGGGAUCAGAAAUUAGCUUUACAGUGGGUUCAUGAUAACAUAGAAAUGUUUGGCGGGAAUCCCAAUUCCGUGACCAUUUUUGGGGAAUCUGCAGGCGGCUACAGUGUUUCACUCCAAUCGCUUAUAUUUACAAAUAAAGAUUUAUUUCAUCGUGCCAUAGCUCAAAGUGGUGUUCAUAGUAAAGUCCUCAUGCGCAAACAGGAUGAAGUUAAAGAAUAUACAAAUCAACUGUCGAAAAAAUCCUCGUGUUCACUAGAAGAUGAGUACAAAUUUGUAGAUUGUCUAAGAGAAAAAACAGUUGAGGAACUUUUAGAAAUUGCAGACUUUUAUUCUUCCGUAACCAAAGACAAAUUAGAAAAGCAUAUCUUUUUUAAAUCCCAUAGUUAUCCUGUCGUUGAUGGUGAGUUGUUUACCGAAGACCCUAUCAUUAGUUUAGAGGACAAAACGUCUGCUGUUUCUCAGUUUUUUGGAUCUCUUGACUUUAUUUCUGGUACAACUUCUAAUGAAGGAUCAUUAUUAUAUAUGAUCACAUUUCCUGAAAUGCAAGAAUUUUAUAGUUUUAACGUAACGGUAGGAGUUCCACACAGAGUAGCUUGUGAGGCAAUAAUUGCACCUUAUGUUGAGACGUAUCUUAAAAGCGACGACGGUGUUAAAGAAAGAAUGUGCAAUUUUUACAAAGCGGAUGCAUCUACCAAAGAACAGAGUCUCAGAGCAACUGAACUCCUGGCGGAUGUCAUGUUCACAUAUCCCUCCAUUAAAAUGUUGGAAUUUCAUGCAGCUUUGAACAAUGGAAAAAGUUACCAGUAUUUAUUUUCUAAGACUAGUCCAGAUCCCUUUGGAGGACCUCCACCUGAAUGGUUUGAAGGAAGUGGGCAUGGGGACGAGCUUAUAUGGUUGUUCAAAGUUGGAGACCAUGAAGUUUCUGAUGAUGAGAAACAAUUCUCUAGAAAAUUCAUACAAUAUUGGACCUCUUUCGCAAAAUCAGGUAGACCAAUCGGCGGACCUGGGUCGAUGUUCUGGAUACCUUUUGAUUUGAGCGGACGGAUGUAUUUAAACUUCGAUAUCCCAACAGUUCUUCAAAGUUUCUACAAAAUGGAGACUUCUGAAUUAUGGUCAGAUAUAUACACACAAAUAGAGAUAGAUAAUAACAGAAAAGGACAUGAUGAAUUAUAGAACAUGCGCAUUUAAGUGCUAUAGGAUCAGCCAGUUAAAGGUUUCCUUCUAUUUCAAUUGCUACAGCAGUUCCUAUGGAAAAUAAAUACGUAGACAUGUGUCGUGUGCAAUAUGCAUUCACUUUUUUCUGUUGUUUUUACAUAUUCUUCGGUUUACGACUUUUUGUGUACCGUAGAUAACACUGUGAUAACCCUAUAGUCGGGGAAUAUAGGUACAAAUUCGUGCUACUUUUUACGCUUCCCUUCAAGAAAAAAGUAGGCCUGCGUUUCAUAUAAAUUUACGAUUAGAUCUGUUCUAAGGUUUUUUUGUGAAACAAAGGCCAGUCAUAUAUUCUUUCUAGAACAGAUUACGUCGAUGGCUAUAUUGGAGAUCCAGGAGCAAUGGUGUAUCUCAUUAUACAACUAUACUACGAGAUUUCUACAUUCUACAAGAUUUUGUAAUGGGUGUAACAUCAUUGAUUUUCAUACUCACACGACGAAAACUAGUCACGGAAAACUUAAGAGAAUUGAUAGAAUGCUGUAUUAGUGUAUCAUCUUUGCCCAUCCUCCUGAACAGUACAAGAACAUCAUGACAUGCUAUGUACUAAUAUUGUUCAAAUUUAGUAUUAAGAUAACUAAAAACAUGCAAAAAUGGUUGUCAACAAGAUGAUAUUAAGUAAACGCUAUAUAAUCUUUUUCUUCUUUCUUUUUUGCGAUUAUAAAAAAAAAGUUAGAUUACAAAUGCAACCCUUACACUUGCAAUGUAUGUUUGUUGACGUUUGGAAUAUUAAACGCCGCUUCAUUUCCUAAUUUCUAUUAGCCGAAUUUCAUUGUAGUGUUAUGCAUUAUAUACAUUAAAACAUUAUUAAACACAA